AUGUAUCUGCGUUACAACAGUCAUCGCGCAGUAUGCCCUAUAGCUGUCAACUAUCACUUUACGAGGCGCUGCAACAAAACGUGUGGAUUCUGCUUUCACACUGCCACCUCCUCUUUCAUGGAAAGUUCUGAUCACGCAAAGAAAGGGCUUGCAUUGCUCAAGGAAGCAGGCAUGCGAAAACUGAACUUUGCUGGCGGGGAGCCGUUCCUUUAUCCAAAGUUCCUGGCAGAGAUGGUGGUCUUCUGCAAAGACGAAUUACGACUCGAGUCGGUUUCUAUUGUCACAAAUGGAAGUCUUGUCAAGGAAAGCUUCUUUCGGCAGUGCGGUUCCAAAAUCGACAUAUUGGCGGUCUCAUGUGAUUCGUUCAACGAGUCUACCAACAUUCAGAUCGGCCGUGGAUCCGGCGACCAGAUCUCGCAGCUAUACCGGAUUGCUUCCUGGUGCAAGGAGUACGGCAUCAAGUUCAAGAUCAACUCUGUGGUAUGCCGACUCAAUUGGAAUGAAGAUAUGAACAAGCACAUUGAUCGGCUUCGGCCUUUUCGCUGGAAGUGUUUCCAAGUCUUGAUUGUCGCAGGGGAAAACGACACUGAGAAGACACUUCGAGACGCCCGCAAGUUCACUAUCACUGAUGAAGAAUACGACAGCUUUUGCAGGCGACAUGCGAACCAGACAUCACUCGUGCCAGAGUCCAACCAAAUGAUGGCCAAGUCGUAUUUGAUUCUCGACGAGUACUUGAGAUUUCUAGACCGCGACGGGCGUCAGCCAUCUGAAUCAAUCCUUGACAUUGGGGUCGAAAAGGCACUUCAAAGCGUAUACUGGGAUGAGAAGGCUUUCAGGGACCGUGGAGGAGUAUACGACUGGGCUAGGUCAGCUGGUACAUGCGGGCUAGAUAAACAAGACCUACAGUGGUAA